AUGCCAGCAAUACCCGCACUACCCCUAGCAGCAGUAGCAGCAACAGCAGCAGCAGCUGCUGCUGCUGCUGCACCCUCAACGGGCGCCCCAGCGCAACAGCAAGAGCCUUCACAGCUUCUGCGCGGGAGGUUUGCUUCGUGCUGCAGCGACUCACACACCGGGGCAGCAGCAGCGACGGCAGCAGCAGCAAUAGUGCAAAUUCCGCGCUUUGUCUCAAAAUUUGGGAGAACUUGA